AUGUCUCGAGCCUCCAAGAUCACCCUCGGGAUAACAACCCUCGCCACACUCGGCACCGUGGUAAUUGUCCAUUUCCAGCAGAAAAUGGAACGGAGUGCCAUGCAUGAAGGCGUUAUCCGCGACAUGGAACAGCGCCGACUAAAGAAGGAGCGCCAGCUCGACUUUGAUCUUCAACAAGCUCUAGAGGCGGAAUUCAAGAAGGAGCAAACUGUUAAGGACACCACGAAUUCUAGCGAUGCUGGCGGCUUGUCGAACGGGUAG